AUGUUUGAUCCCUCCGCGGCGGCCACAGGCAUGAGCGAUGGCGGGGCCCAGGCCGGCAGAAGCCCCCUGCUGCUGGGGGACCCGGGAGCCCCGGAGCGCGCCCGGGGGAAGAGCGGUGCCCAGGGGGAGCUGGAGACCGCGCUGCAUGGAGCUGGAGGCGGAUUCGGACUCAAGGAGGUCCCGGGAACCUCGGCGGCCAGCCCCGGCUUGUCCCAGGAGUGCGUCCCGGAGGGCGACAGCCAGUCCGGGGGAGGAGAAGCGGAUUACUGCCGCCGGAUCUUGGUGCGAGAUGCCAAAGGGACCAUCCGGGAGAUUGUUCUCCCCAAAGGGCUGGAUCUGGACCGGCCCAAGAGGACACGAACCUCUUUCACAGCCGAGCAGCUGUACAGGCUGGAGCUGGAAUUUCAGCGGUGUCAGUAUGUCGUCGGCAGGGAGAGGACGGAGCUAGCGAGGCAGCUCAACCUAUCAGAGACACAGGUGAAAGUCUGGUUCCAGAACCGGCGCACCAAGCAGAAGAAGGACCAGAGCAGGGACUCUGAGAAACGAUCGUCCUCCACCUCUGAAUCCUUCGCCACAUGUAACAUCCUCCGGCUCCUGGAACAAGGGAGACUUUUGUCUGUGCAGGCCCCUUCCAACUUGCUGUCUCCAAAUUCGAAUCACAUCAGGAGCCCUGCUGGGAAUGGAUCCAGCCUGGCUCCCUCUGACACCACCUCGCCUGGGCUGAGCAGUGGAAACAGCCCUCCUGGGACAGGAGCCUUCAGCCUGCAGGUCCCGUCGCUAGCAUCCUCCUCUUCCUCACCCAGGCUCCCUGCCACCCCGCUCUGUUUCAGCGCCCCGCUCCUGGGCAGCCUGCACGAGCUACCCAGCGGCUACGGACUGGGGAGCUCUGCCUUUGAGCCUUACACGCGGCUGGAGAGGAAAGACAGUCCUGUACCCAGCAAGAAGCCGAGUCUUUAACUAAAAUCCAGUGUCAAAAUCAUCCCCACCCCCCACCCCCACCGUCUCCCGCAUGGGGCUGUUCUGUGGCCAGUGGAGUUGCAAAGGCCGUUGAACAAAUGUCCAGGUGAUGUGUGUGUGAC